AUGACGCAGCGAGACGUGACGUGGGCCUUGGUCGAUGUGAUCAGUUACGAUCACCUGUGGCCUCCGCGCGACAAUGAAGAUGCAGUGUUUGGCUUCACCCACAGCAGGGAGGUCAACGGGAUUUGCGCCGACACGCUGCCUCCACACGUUGUGACGCCGGUCACGAAACCGGAAUUGGAGCGGGCUCUUGCCGACUAUAUCGGGCGGCGGGGUAUCGGGGCUGAGGACGAGGCCGCCAUCCGCCGGUGGAUGGCAAACUUGCCCGACAACAUCGCAAUCAUCGAGCGCGAACCGUUUCCCUUCGGAUGA